AUGAUUGGUAGCAAUGAAUAUAAAAACAAUACAACAUCAAAUAAAUGUCAAUUUUUAAAAAUUAAUUCAAUAAGUCUAACGCAUGAUUCAACGAUUGUUAAUUUAUGUAUAUCAGCAGCUUUUGUUGCUAGAGUAAUUGUGAAUAUUGAUUAUGCAUUAAAAUGCAGCAGUCAUAUUGAUUUAGUGGAG